CCCUGCUUUUGUCUCCCCUGUUUUCGGGUCCCACCCGCCUUUCUCUCUCCCCCCCGCCGACCCCUAAUUGGCUGACUCCUGAUUACGGGCCCCUGGGGAAAUCCGGAGUGACUCCGGAUCGUCUAUAUAAGAAGGGGCGUCCGGGGUGGGUCUGGAUUGAGACGCCGAGAAAACACCAGGGCGGAAGAAGCCGACCUUCCUCUUCUGCUGCACAUUGACCCGGAGCAUGGCUUCGAAAGACACCCACAACGUGGAUUCCUCGGCCGUGGAAGACCAAGACCAGAAGAAUGUGGCUGGCCGGGUGGCCAGCCUGCCCUUGGUCAGUUCCGCCUACGACAUGGUCUCGGCGGCCUACAUCUCCACCAAGGAGAGCCACCCGUACGUGAAGUCCGUCUGCGACGCAGCAGAGAAGGGGGUCAAGACCGUCGCCUCGGCCGCGGCCAGCGGGGCCCAGCCCCUCCUGAGCAAACUGGAGCCACAAAUUUCAACAGCUAACGAGUACGCCUGCAAGGGACUGGAUAAAUUGGAGGAGAAGCUCCCGAUUCUACAGCAGCCGACGGAGAAGCUCAUUUCGGACACCAGAGACCUCGUGACGUCCACUGUGUCCGGCGCGAAGGAGGCCCUCACCAGCACCGUGUCUGGGGUGGUCGAUAAAACCAAGUCAGCUGUCUCAGGGGGCGUGGAAAUGACCAAGUCGGCUGUCUCAGGGGGCGUGGAAAUGACCAAGUCGGCGGUCUCGGGGGGCGUGGAAAUGACCAAGUCGGCUGUCUCGGGGGGCAUGGAAAUGACCAAGUCGGCCGUCACCAGCAGCAUCAACACGGUCAUGGGUUCGUCCGUGGGCCAAAUGGUGACCAGCGGCGUGGAUGCCGUCCUGGGAAGAUCUGAGGAGCUUGUUGACCGCUAUCUUCCAAUAACGGAUGAAGAAUUGGCCAAACUGGCCACCUCGGUGGAGGGCUUUGAGGUGGCCACCGUGGAGCAGCAGAAGGAGCAGCGCAGCUACUUCGUCCGGCUGGGCUCCCUCUCGACCAAGCUCCGCCACCGCGUCUACCAGUAUUCUCUGGCCAAGGUGAAGGACGCCAAGCAGGGAACUCAAGACGCUCUUGCGCAGCUUCACCAAACCAUCGAGCUGAUCGAGGAGGUCAAGCAAGGCGUUGACCAGAAGAUCCAGAGCGGUCAGGAGAAGCUCCACCAGAUGUGGUUGCAGUGGCGGCAAAAACAGUCCUCUGAAGGAAGUCAGAAGUCGGCUCCUGAUGCAGAGCCGAUCGAGGUUCAAGCUUUGGAGGUCUCUCGUAGCCUCACCCAACAGCUCCAGUCGGCCACUGCAGCUUGGGUCUCCAACCUCCAAGGUCUCCCCGCCAGCCUCCAGGAGAAAGUGGCCCUUGUCCGGCAGAAUGUGGAGGACCUUGGCACAUCUUUCACCUCCGCCAAGUCCUUCGAGGACUUGUCCGCUUCCGUCUUGGCCCAGAGCCGCGAGAAGAUCGCCAAGGCCCGAGAGCUGACGGAGGAGCUGAUGGACCAGCUGACCCAUAACACCCCACUUUCUUGGCUCGUGGGGCCUUUUAUGCCAUCUGGCAAACCUGAGGCAGAGGAGAUUGAGAUGGAAUAGCAGGAGCACCGGGGUUUGGGUUGGGUGGGACCAAGUUGACUGUCUGAAGGAGCAAGCUUUCACGCGUCCAGGGGGUGAGGGGGGAAAAGGCAAAUGACUCUGUUGAGUGGCAACGUGAAACUAACAGAGGAUAAGAGAUGCUUUGAAACAUGUCCGCAUGAGCCAGAUUUGGUGAGAAGCUGCUAAUUUGGUUGCUCUUGUGGGUCCGAGUGCAACCUAAUUAGUAUCUGGGGUUUCACCAGAAUCUUGAGGGAACUCAUUUAACCCAAGUUAACAAGAAAGUGUACUAACUCACCCACAUAAAAGGUGUAUUAUUUUUUCCCUCACAACAUGCCCGAUAACCCAGUUAAGAGCAGCUAUUAGGGGAUACUUGGUGAGCACAAAGUUCUCCAUUUUCAUAUCCUUCAGCUUAGCCCCCAAAGUGAGGUUGGUGGGGGGAACAUCAUCGGGGGAAGCUUGGACUCCUUUCUGGGUUUUAGCCUGCAUUUCGCAGGAGAGAUUUCCCUGGGGCUGACCCUUCUCCUUUAAAGACUAAAGAAGAGAAUUCACCGCCACCCUUGCAAAAGUUGGACUAAAAUUUGGAGCGGAUGGCUCAUUCUGUGAUGCCAGGAUCGGCCACCUCGGUGGGUUUUCGGGCUUGGCCCCUCUUAUAUUGGCUUUUGGAGGCGUGAUACGCACAGAGAAAGAAAAUGGGGUCUUCUCCCAAACACUUGCCUUGUUCUUCAGUGCAGGGGAAUUAGAUGGAAAUGUGACCGGUCUGCUCUGUUCCCCCCCCCCCUCGGGGGCUCACUUACCUGGAUUUUCUAGUAUUCUAGCUAUAUCUUUGAAAGAAAACUCCAGUUUAAAGUUUAAAAAAGUUAACAAUCCAUACUAGGAUCUUGCUAAUGUUUGUGGAGUGGAAGGAAAGGGGAAAGGUUUAGAAGGAUGAAACCCUGAGAAGGCUGGAAAGGGACCAAACGUUCUUCUCUGUCAUUUCUGGUUCUGAAAUAUGUAAUCAUCCAGGAGUUUUGUUGGUUAUUUUUUUUUUACAUGCCCUCUCGUGUUUUCCCUUCCCAAACGAUAACCUUAACGCCUAAAUAAAAGUGGUUGCAUCACUGGAAGGUCGGUGGAAGCCAAGUUGCACCAUCAA